UAAAAGGAAUCCUGCAAUUCCAUGACGAAGCCUUUACGUGGGGAAUCCUCCCUCGGGUCCGCACGGCAGAGUUCGCAACGCCCAGCUGAUGUAAACAAGGCGUUACCUUCACCGGGGGUCGGGUGGCCUCCCGAUUUCCUUGAAAAUUCCUCUUGUGAUAUUUGUGAAGUGUUGACCUCAAAUGCAUUCCAUUUAUUUUUGACCAGACUUCUUUUUGCGACGCUGGCUAUCAUGCGUUUCGCCGAACGCCAGGUCCCCGAGCUCUCUCCUGCACAGGCGACGGCGCCGACCUUCGCGGUGGGGAGUCCCUCGGGCCUUCGGAAGCAGCCGCCAGAGAAUGCUCGGACCUCGGACGCGGCAGACAGUGCUCUCUAAGAAAGGCUGCGCAAUAUGUCGCUUAAGAAGGGACAA